CUGCCGGCUUCGAAUCGAGAACCUUCUGGAGGGGGACAAAACUUCACACAUUGUUGCCUACUAGCUGUCAACGCCUCUCUCGAAGUGCUCAACGGAUCUGUUGUUGAGAAGGUACCUUACUAUCUCAACGCGUCGGUUGAUGACUUACUUGCUGCUACCAAAGCAGGUCAGUUUCCUUGUGGUGCUGUAUGGGAUGGCAAUUCCGUCGGUGCGCCUAUCGUGGAGGUGCCAUACGCCUGGGUAGAGGAGACAUGCCCUGGCUGGCAACUUUCCACCUCCGGCAUCGAGAGCCAGUGGUUAUCUCCAUUCGUUGGGUUUCUUCUUCCUGCAGUUAUCUUUUGCUUGACAAUACCGAGACGUAGAAAGCUUACGGUGUGGCACCAGUUGUUUGUACCAGACUUGUCUCGUGCAAUCUCAUGGCUCCUGGCUCCCUUGGCUAUGGUCCUCGCCGGCAUGUGUGCCAUUUGCGACACCAUCAGUUGGCUUGCGAUGUGUUUUGCGUUCGCGAGUCCUAUGCUUUUGAGUGGAUUCUACGAGGCUUAUCUGGACUACAUUAUCAUAAAUUUUCUCCAGGAGAAGACGGAAAACUUUCGACUGACAUUAGAUAUGAGGGCCCGACUUCUUUUCGUGGUACUAUGUGGCAACCUCGACUUGGAAGUGAAAAUUAGAGAGAGCGACAGACAAUUCAUGGAAUGGAAUACAUUGCACCAGAACGGCAAUGAACAUUGGCCCAACUUUACAACCACGACAGAGCAAAACCCUAGCUCGCCAUGGACGCAUCCGGCCUGGUUGUGGCUACGAGGUCGAAGCAAACGAGACUGGGUGGAAAAGGUUUGGAAGACCUACAAACUUCGGCCACCGGCAGGACAGAAAGGGGAGUUUGUACUUGAUGAAGACAUGGAUGCUCUUCGUAGGAGCUUGACUUUCACGGUCUACGCCAUCUCACAAAUAUCUCAAAUCGUUCUCUGGAUGUGGGCAUUUGCAGGACCUCCACAACAGGGAAAGCUUCUAUCAUUCCUUCGAAAGGGAGGGGUGCUUGAUCGAAAUGGAUUCUUCACGCCAACCGAUACCAGAACACUCUGGUCAAGAGAAACAUAUUUCUCCCUCAAAUCAGUUUGGGCAAUCUUAUGGUACGGUUUGGCGAGUACAUUGGGCAUUGGAGGUGUAUUCACGUCUAUUGGAGGGACGAUGAUGCAAUUGAUAGGUGUCUAUCGGAGUGGCAAAUGCCUCAUAAACGCCGAGUGGUGGACGAAACCAAAUGGAGGAGUUGGGGUGAUCAUUUCUUCGAACUAUGCCCUGGAGAUUGAAGAUGCCAAAAAGCACUGGGCGAGUUGUGGUAUCACAGCAACCAUGUUCUUAGGUGUUGUGGCCUUCUGUGGGUGGUGGUAUCAAAGAAGAGUGAGAGAUCUCUUCAGGGAGCUUGUGAAUGAUCUCGGCAACCCAAGAACCGAUAGAGAGGAUGUAAAGGCGACAGUG